AUGUCGCAGACCGCGCUAGUAACAGGUGGUACUGGCUUUAUCGCACUCUACGUUGUCAAAUUACUUCUUGAACAUGGCCACCACGUUCACGCUACUGUCCGCAGCCUAGCGAACAAGAAGAAAUGCAAGCCACUUCUCGUUCUUCAAACCCAAUACCCAGGGAAGCUCACCUUGUUCGAAGCCGAUCUCUUGAGUCACGGUUCUUUCUUCCAAGCAAUGCAGGAUUGCGAUACUGUCUACCACAUUGCCUCGCCUUUCCUAGUACCACAGCAAAUCAAAGAUGGUAUGAAGGACUGCGUCGAACCAGCUCUGAAUGGUACUCGCAAUGUUCUUGUCUCCGUGAAUGACACAGAGAGCGUCAAACGAGUGGUCUUGACGUCCUCAAUCGUGGCCAUGUACGGCGACAGCAUCGACAUCCACAAAAUGGAAAACAAAACGCUAUCGGAGAAGUACUGGAACACCACAAGCACAGCCACCACGAACCCCUACAGCUUCUCCAAAGUCGCCGCCGAGCGAGAAGCCUGGAAGAUGUACGAAGCGCAAGACCGCUGGGAAAUUGUCGUCAUAAACCCAGGCCUCGUCGUCGGUCCCUCUCUUUCUCCUGAAUCCGCUUCAGGAUCCCUGUAUAUGCUCGAGGCCAUGUACCGCGGCGAAAACAAAAUGGGCGUCGCCGAUCUACACUACCCGGUAGCGGACGUGCGUGACGUUGCUGAGGCACAUGUCAUUGUGGGGGAAGAUACAGCUACGAAAGGCAGAUUCAUCAUCGCUAGCGACCGUAGUUUGAGCUUGCUGGAAAUGGCAAAUGCCGUGCGUCCUGCUCACAAGACACCAAAUGUUCUGCCGACGCGGAACCUGCCCAAGUUGAUGGUCUAUGCUGCGGGACCGUUCAUGGGGUUGUCCAUGAAGUGGGUUUCGAGAAACAUUGGAAUAGGGUUCAAAGUCGACAACCGUAGGAGCGUUUUCGAGCUAAAGAUGAAGUAUCGUCCUUUGGAGGAUACGAUGGCGGACCAUUACAAUGAAUGGUUGCGCAACUCAAGUAGCCAUUAG